CAGCUCCUUGAUAGCUACUGGCAGGCAAAGUGACGAAAGGCGCUCUCUCACGGAAGCUCUACAUUCUGCUCGCCUCUCCCUCCUUUGGACCUGGAUCUGGAUCUGGAUCUAGAUCUACAACGCAGGAGUCGAGGCCGCUUUACAGUACCAUUGUACAGAAUCGUGUCAUAUAGCUCUGCAUGCCACCAGCAGGUAGGACAUCACUAGGAGGAGGAGGGGGAGGAGGUUCGAGUCGCAGGAAGAGCACAGCGCGAAAGUCUACAGGGGGGAGGGUGGUGCGGCGGGAGGUUGGUGAACCUGCACAACCAAAACGUCGCUUUCGUCCGGGAACCGUCGCCCUUCGCGAGAUCAAAAAGUACCAAAAAUCAACCGAUCUCCUGAUUGCCAAGCUGCCCUUUGCUCGCGUCGUGCGCGAAGUCGCAGAGAAUUUCAUCACCACAGUCUACGAUGCGGAUCAUGGAGCUGGACUGAGGUGGCAGAGCUCGGCGAUUCUGGCAUUGCAGGAAGCGACAGAGGCUUACUUGGUGCAUUUGUUUGAGGAUGCCAACCUAUGUGCCAUUCACGCAAAAAGAGUGACGAUCAUGCAGCGCGAUAUCCAACUAGCGAGGAGAAUACGUGGACAUUGGGGAGGAAUCGGCAUGGCCUGAACUCCAACAGAAGCAAAAGGGGAGCACUCUUGGCCGCUCCUAUCCCCCUCUUACCGUUGCAAGCUUCCCCCUCUCCUCUCUCUCCAUACCCUUCCACUCGCCCUUGCACUUGCACUCGAACUCGUACGGAUCGUGGACCCUCUGCCACUUGC